UAUAUAAAAGACAAUUCACACUGUGGCCGUUCCAAUUCGCUCGCGCGCCCGUUCAUUGACUCGAGUCGUGAGCUCGUUCAUUUCGUUUCAUUCGGUGUGCGGUGUCGGUUGGAUAUGGCUAAUUGUUUACGGACUAGUGGAUUAUUCCUCCUACUAUUUUUAAUAAUAAAUACGUGCGCCGUAUCACCGCCAUGGAUAUUUUCCGUGAAUGUUAACAAGUCGUGUAGUACCGUAUGUGAUUACAAGUUGAAUGUGAAUGGAGUUAAUAUUGUUGAGUGGUCACUAACCUAUAAGGAGCAGCAGAGAGGCGAUCUCUGCGAAGAGCUGUUUGUGUUUAAAGAAACAUUGUUGGACGUGCAAUUGAAAGUUCCUAAUGGGGGCAAGUUGUUUUUCUGUGCGAAAGGAGAUGAUGGCGUUUGGAUACAUCAAGGAGGCGAAAUAUAUUUGGCGCCGGAUGACGUCACCGGCCGAUCAACAGAAAAUGACCUGAGCGACGAGGAUGUGUUCUCUGACAAAGAGAUAAACUUGAUAGAUAAUAAUAACAUAGAGAUUCUCAACACGGAAGCGACGUUUGACCUCCAUCAUGAUUUAGAAGUCAAUAACGCAGCUAAAGAUGCUGAAGAAAAUCUUAUAGAAAUAUUUAAUACACCAUACAGACUGCAGAGGUUAGAAGACAGAACUGAAACUGCAUUACGUAAGAAAAGACAAGUAGAUGAUACAAAUGUGAAUGCUACCGAUAGUACAGCUCCAAAUAAUACAGAAGAAGUUAAAACUACAGUAAAUAAUACAGAAACAAGUUUAGGACCUAAGAGGGUUGAUGUGGGACCUAGUACUCCUAUUAGAUUGUUGGGUUUGAGGGUGGAAGAGGCUGAGAAAGAGCCGAAGAUUGUGGAUGGUAUGAUUCCUAGUGUACUGAGAGAAACGACGUUUACGUUGAGAUUGUUCGGUGAGGGAUUCACUAACAAUUCUGAGAUUGCUUUUACGCAUACUGGUGAAGAUUACGGGAGCAACUGUCAUUUUUUGCUUGCUGGGGAAUACAAGGUAAAAAUCGCAGAAACAGACUCAGCUCUUUUCGAACUGAAAGCCCCGCCUCCAUUAGAAGAUUACAAAUUCUAUAUAUGCGCAAGAAAUGCUAGAAACGAAGAAUUCGUGCAUCAAGGAAAAGAGCAAUACAAGAUCUUGGCUACACACAACAAGUUGCUUCCGCUAUGGGUUUCCAUAAUUCUUAUUAUAAUUCUCCUUCUAUUGGCGUCCUUGUUCUCCGGUCUCAAUCUGGGUCUUAUGGCUUUAGAUAGAACGGAACUGAAGAUUAUUGCUAACACAGGCACAGAGAAAGAAAGGAAAUACGCAAGAGCCAUCAUGCCUGUAAGAGCUCAUGGCAAUUACCUUCUCUGCACAAUUCUACUGAGUAAUGUCGCCGUCAACAGUACUUUCACGGUUAUUCUUGAUGAUUUGACGUCUGGAUUGGUGGCUGUCAUCGGUUCUACGUUAGCUAUCGUUUUUAUAGCGGAGAUUACGCCACAGGCUGUAUGCGCGAGACACGGGCUGCUGAUCGGUGCAAAGAGUAUUUGGAUCAUGAAGAUCGUGAUGGGCAUCUGCGCUCCUUUAGCCUGGCCCACGAGUAAACUUCUGGACUACUUCUUAGGAGAAGAGAUCGGCACACAUUACAACAGAGAGAGACUAAAGGAACUUGUCAAGAUCACCAAUCACGUGAACGAUUUAGACAAAGAGGAGGUGAACAUCAUCUCCGGAGCCCUAGACCUUCGUAAGAAGACUGUCAAGGACGUAAUGACCAAGCUGAAGGACUGCUUCAUGCUGCCCAUCAACAGCGUACUGGACUUCGACACAAUGUCAGAGAUCGUCAAGUCUGGUUACUCCCGUAUCCCGGUGUACGAGGGCAGCCGCGGCAACAUAGUGACGGUGCUGUUCAUCAAGGACCUGGCCUUCGUUGACCCGGACGAUAACACUCCGCUGCGGACCCUCUGCCAGUACUACCAGAACCCUUGUAACUUCGUCUUCGAGGACGUCACACUCGACGUCAUGUUGAAACAGUUCAAAGAAGGCCACAAGGGUCAUAUGGCAUUCGUGCAGCGCAUCGAGGAGGGCGACGGAGAUCCCAUAUACGAGACGGUCGGUCUGGUCACUUUGGAGGACGUUAUCGAGGAAAUGAUACAAGCAGAGAUAGUGGACGAGUCUGAUGUGAUAAGCGACAAUCGCACUAAGAAGCGUUUGCCCCGACCAGUGAACAAGUUCCAGGACAUAGCAGCGUUCGCCGGCCACCAACAGAAUCAACGAGUGCACGUCUCCCCGCAACUCGUGCUGGCCACCUUCCAGUUCCUCAGCACCAGUGUUGAUCCGUUUAGACCCGAGAUGAUAUCAGAGACAGUGUUACGUCGCCUACUGAAGCAGGACGUCAUCCAGCACAUCAAACUUCGCGGCGAUGAGGAUAAGAAUGACCCUAAACGAUAUGUAUUCCAAGAAGGUAAACCGGUGGACUACUUCGUGUUGAUACUAGAAGGUCGCGUCGAAGUAACAGUCGGUCGUGAGAAUCUCGUGUUCGAAGCGGGACCGUUCACUUACUUCGGUGUACAGGCGCUCACACAGAACGUCGGGUUAGCUGAGAGUCCGGCUCCUUCGACGUUGGGCUCGCUGCAAAACCUUAACAUGGAUUCGAUGCUGCGCCACACUUUCGUACCGGACUACUCCGUCAAGGCCAUCGCUGAGUUAUACUACCUCACUAUCAAGAGAUCAAUGUAUUUGGCUGCUAAACGCGCUACUCUCAUGGAGAAAGGAGCUUUGAACAAGGGAGGAACCAAUGAGCAGAUAGAACCUGAAGUAGACAAGCUUCUUAGCGAAGGUGAUCGUAUAGAAGAAGUCAGAGAGGUAGAAAAGCCGCCACAUGUGUUCAAAGUGAAUUCAAAAGAAGACGCUCUGCGUAACCCAGAAGAGGAGAAACUACUAAAAAAGUAGAAAAAUUGUUAACGACAACACCAAUUCUACCAUUAUGACAAAUAGCUUAGGUUUGCUUAGCAUGAACACGAAUCAUAUCAUAUUUGAUCAAUUUUGAUACGUGGCAAGACAAUGGUAGAGUUAUUUAUCGGUUGAUAAAUAAAUACAAAUUACAGUUAGCGGUAGGUGAAACUACAUAUUGCUGUAGCAAAAUAUAUUUCCAUAUGAGGAGCUAUAUUUUUGUAGUAUGUCUUGCUGUUGAUUGGCUUUCCGUAAUGUAUGUACUACCUAAUUCUACCAUUGCCUAGCGAUACUGCCACACCUUUUUUACUAUAUGGAAUGUGUUCCAUGAAUUUUACAAAGGUUAAAUGAAAAGCAUGUUAUUUUACAUAGUCGUGUAAGUAAGUAUUCUAAUAGUUUUUGUAAUAGUAUUUAAUGAAGCAUUUGUUGCUAUUUUUAACAAUUAGAUUUAUAACUUAGUAGUUUUUAUUUAGCCUAAUGGUACUUAUUUCUGUUUGUGCAUGGCAAUAUUAUUUUACGCGGUAAAAUCUGACAUUUUUGAAUGUAAACCUUCAUGUUGUUUGUGAGGAUGAUAACAUUAUAUUUUUAUCUGUUGUUAUCCAAAUGUUUAUGAAUAGUUCAAAUUAUUAUAAUAUAAUCACUUUAUGUACUUAUUUGUUGAGGUUGCGAGGUUUACAUAUGCGUCCUAUAAAUAGUGCCUUUAGAGUAAUAAUUAAUAUAAAAUGUAUAAUAUUUUUACAUAAUUUUGUUUCAAUCAAUUGUGUUUCAACAAUUUUUCAAUGUUAGAUUUGAUGAAUUCUUUUUAUUUGAGUUUAAAUAAUUCAGUGGGUAUUUAUUAGACAGUCUGUGUAACUUAUAAAAAUGUGUAAUUUUGGAAGUAAUUUUACCAUAAAUUAUUCAGUAGAUAUAAUAACACAACUAGUUUUUUUUAUACGUAUUUAUUGGAAUUUGUGCCUUGACUAAAUAUUAUAAAGAAAAAAAUAUAUUUCAUUCAUGAAUAUU